AUGGCUUCACUUACUUCCCUUCUCUCCCUCCUCACAAUAUCCCUUCUCUCCUUUUCCUCCUCAUCACAACUCAUCUUACCAAUCGAAAAAGACCCAAUAACCAAUCUCUUCUACACAUCACUUUCCAUAGGAACACCUGAACACACCUUCAAUCUAGCCAUUGAUCUUGCAGGACCAAUCCUAUGGUACGACUGCAACAAAAACUACACUUCAUCAACCUACACUCCCCUCCCUUGUGAAUCCAAACUCUGCAACGGUGACGCUGGUUGCACCAGCUGCAAUGGCCACUUCAAGCCAGGUUGCUCAAACAACACAUGCGGUGCAAACAUAAUCAACCAACUAGCUGACUCCAUUUUCUCAGGUGACACCGGCAAAGAUGAGUUGUUCAUAUCACACACUAAACUCUCAGGACUACUCUCCGGUUGCACCGACGUCGAUGGAUUCUCAGAUGAUUCUCCUCUUAAAGGCUUACCAAAGGCCACUAGAGGGAUACUAGGGUUAGCAAGAACACGACUUGCAUUACCAACACAGCUUUCACUAUCAUCUUCUCAUAAACUUCCUCAGAAGUUUGCUCUUUGUUUACCAUCUUCUAACAAGAAAGGACUUGGUAGUCUUUUCAUUGGUGGGGUACCCCAACAAAACUCUUCUUUUUCAAAGUUUCAACUUGCCACUAUUCCUCUUAUUAUUAACCCCUUUAGCACUGCUCCAAUAUUUACUGAAGGUGAUGCUUCUUAUGAGUAUUUUAUUGAUGUGAAAUCAGUUAAAGUUGGUGGUGAGAUUCUAAACUUUAAGUCUUCCCUUUUGUCCAUUGAUAAUAAGGGUAAUGGUGGAACAAAGUUUAGCACAUUGAAUUCCUUCACUGUAUUGCAUAGUUCUAUAUUAAAACCACUUGUUAGAGAUUUUGUGAAGAAGGCUUCUGAUAAAAAGAUAAAGAAAGUCGAAUCAGUAGCACCAUUUGAGGCAUGUUUUGAUUUAAGCACUAUUGGUAGGACUGUUACAGGAUUGGAUGUGCCUACUAUUGGUUUGGUGCUAGAAGGGGGUGUUGAGUGGACAAUUUAUGGUGGUAAUUCAAUGGUAUUGGUGAAUAAAAAUGUUGCUUGUCUUGGAUUUGUGGAUGGUGGCAAAGAGCCAAGAACAGCUGUUGUUAUAGGUGGAAAUAUAUUGGAGGAUAAUCUAUUGGAGUUUGAUUUGGUUUCUUCUAAAUUAGGAUUUAGUUCUUCACUCCUCCUUCAUAAUGCAAGCUGUUCCAGUUUAGAAGCUAGUGGAAAUCUUGUUUCAAUUCAGUGA